UCUUUUGGAAUAAUGGCUGGAAACUUAGCAGGGGCUGACCCUAAAUUCAAGGAAAUAAUUACGUCGCUGGACGAUGACAAAAUAGAUAUGCUUGCCGCCACCAGUGUUCUACAACAAAAGGCUACGGAUAUACGUAACCAAAAAGUGAAUUGGCAAUCGUAUUUCCAGUCUCAGAUGAUUUCCCAAGAAGACUUCAACUUUAUUGUGGCCUUUGAUGUGAACGAUAGCCAAAAUAAAGUUGCCUUGUUGAGGAGGGAUAGAACCCAGGCAGCUCAAACUUUACUCAACUUAUUGGGGCAUGUGUCCAAGGAUCAAACUUUGCAGUAUAUUUUAGUUUUGGUCGACGACAUGUUGCAAGAAGAUCGUUCAAGAGUCGAAAUUUUCCAUGAGUACGCUACGCUCAGGAAAGAGCCAAUGUGGGCACCAUUCUUAAAUCUUCUGAAUCGUCAAGAUGGUUUCAUCACAAACAUGACCUCAAGAAUCAUUGCGAAGAUCGCUUGCUGGUCUCACACACCCAUGGAAAGGUCCGAUUUACAUUUCUACUUAACUUGGUUGAAAGACCAAUUAAAAUCUCAGGAACUAAAAAACAAGCUACACGCUGCAAAAAUGGUUCCAAAACGGGAAUCCCGCGGCUGCAACAGCAUUAUAGCGGGGGCAAAUUCCAUCUUAUUUGGUAUGUCAUUAGCGGAUGCCACCAGAGUGGCUCAAGAGAACAAUGAAUACAUCCAAUCUGUUGCAAGAUGUCUCCAAAUGAUGCUUCGCAUCGAUGACUAUCGAUUCGCAUUCGUUUCGGUCGAUGGUAUCUCGACUCUUUUGUCUGUCUUAGCUGGAAGAGUUAACUUUCAGGUUCAAUAUCAACUCAUUUUCUGCUUGUGGGUGCUAACAUUCAACCCACUGCUGGCCGAAAAAAUGAACAAAUUCAACGUUAUUCCAAUUUUGGCUGAUAUAUUAAGCGACUCCGUCAAGGAGAAGGUUACAAGAAUUAUUCUGGCUGUAUUCAGAAACUUAAUUGAAAAACCCGAAGAUGCGCAAGUGGCCAAAGAGCACUGCAUCUCAAUGGUUCAGAGCAAAGUUCUUAAACAAUUGCAAAUUUUGGAACAAAGAAAGUGUGACGAUGAAGAUAUUACUGCUGAUGUUGAAUUCUUAUCUGAGAAAUUGCAUUCUUCAGUGCAAGAUCUCAGUUCAUUCGAUGAGUAUGCUACAGAAGUGAAAUCCGGACGAUUGGAAUGGUCACCAGUGCAUAAAAGCAAAUUUUGGCGUGAGAACGCUCAACGCCUCAACGAGAAGAACUAUGAACUUCUGCGCAUUUUGAUUCACCUUCUGGAAACAAGCAAAGAUCCCCUGGUUUUGUCUGUUGCAAGCUUCGACAUCGGGGAGUAUGUCAGACACUACCCCCGCGGAAAACACGUGAUUGAGCAACUGGGUGGAAAAACACUUGUAAUGCAACUUCUUGGCCAUGAAGAUCCAAACGUACGGUAUGAGGCCUUGCUAGCAGUGCAAAAAUUGAUGGUUCAUAAUUGGGAAUAUCUGGGCCGUCAACUAGAACAAGAUACCGGCGCAGAUAAAGGCGUUUCAAAGGGCGGUUCUCAAGUUGCAGGAAAAGCACAUGGAAGUCAAGUACAUUCGACUUCUGAUGAUAGCUCUGUUACUUGGCUUUAAUUAAUAUGUGCAUGUAGUUGCAAGAAUUUCACAACACUUGGUAGUUUUCGUAUUGUAUAAAAUUAGGCAGACUUUGUUGAUGUCAGUUGACUUUUUAGGAUAAGACAUAUUGAAGAUACUGAACGGCUCCCAUGGUUUCCUUUAUUUAAUCCAACAUUAUGAAACUACUUAGAAUUCAAUACAAAACUUCGCAUAGUAAUAACCCCGCUAAAAUCAACAUUCCUAAGCUAUUUUGGAAUACAUUUUACUUGAACAUUAUAUGUAUAUAACUUAAAUGUUUUAAUAGUCGUUAGUGAUUUGUUUCAUUAUUGUCUAUUUUAAAAUAAAUAUCUUAUGUUAUCACAA